GUUUCAGGCAGUGCCAUUCCAGGAUUCCAUGACGGAGGAGGAUACGAUCCUUGGAAACUCAGAUUCAUCAUUGGUACCCGAGCAAUGAACCUUGUUGUGAUCCGCCACUCUCUGUUCUUGUCAUCUCGUACUGAGCACCGUUAAAGAAUUGUUGAGAUUUUUCAACCAUAUGUUGUUGGACACGAAGGAAAACCAAACUGCUGUGGCCUGUGGUAACCCCAUUGGAACGGAGGGUAAUUCUGGACUUGACCAAAUGCAGAUUGUGAUUUUGCAAAUGACGCCGACCUGUUUAGUUAUGGUUGUUCACGGGAUUGUAGCUGCUGGGAUCUUAAAGGACCUCGCAACGUGGAUUCUGAAGCUGAAGAUGGCUGCAUUGUGCUCUGAACAUCUGACUGGUUACCAUCUUCUUUCUCUGCAUCGGCUUGUAAUAGGCUUCCGUGGAGCUCAUGGACAUGGGCUUCAAAGUCAAGUUUCUUCAGGAAUGACCUAAGACAAUGAGGAGCUGCACAGAUGAAGAUUCCUUCC